AGAUCCGUUGGGCUCUGUUUACAUCACCUUCAUUCUCGCAAACCUACAACUACAAUCAUGGCAGAGGCCGCACAAGUACCCACCUUCAAGCUCGUGCUCGUCGGCGAUGGAGGAACUGGCAAGACCACCUUCGUCAAGCGCCACUUGACUGGUGAAUUCGAGAAGAAAUACAUCGCCACUCUCGGUGUUGAAGUUCACCCUCUCGGAUUCAGCACGAACUUGGGCAAUAUCCAGUUCGACGUCUGGGACACCGCUGGGCAGGAGAAGUUCGGUGGUCUCCGCGAUGGUUAUUACAUUAAUGGACAAUGUGGUAUCAUCAUGUUCGAUGUUACCUCCCGAAUUACCUACAAGAACGUUCCCAACUGGCACCGCGACUUGGUCCGUGUCUGCGAGAACAUUCCCAUCGUCCUGACAGGAAACAAGGUUGAUGUCAAGGAGCGAAAAGUCAAGGCAAAGACCAUCACAUUCCACCGCAAGAAAAACUUGCAAUACUACGAUAUCUCCGCAAAGUCUAACUAUAACUUCGAGAAGCCCUUCCUCUGGUUGGCUCGCAAGCUUGUCGGAAACCCUACCUUGGAAUUCGUUGCUGCCCCCGCCCUUGCUCCUCCCACUGCCAGCGUUGAUCAAGCCCUUCUUGAGCAAUACCAAAAGGAGAUGCAAGAUGCCGCCCAAAUGCCUCUUCCAGAUGAGGAUGACAAUGACUUGUAAUCUUCCAAAAUCCAUCUUCUCAGGCUCUAGCGAUCGCUUCUUCUCGGCAUCUUAGACAGUUCUUUUUCGGCGAUUUUUGCGUUCUUUUGUUCAUCGGUCUUGCAGAUAGAGACAGAUGACUACGACUCCUCUUUGUUUCAGGGCAGGAUGGAGCCCCAUGCUGAUAGCGAGCAUGUUGGAGGGAUGGAAUGGGAUAAUUGAGCGAUGAAGGAAACAAGCUGAGGGAGGCGAUGACUUUAGCAUUAUGCUGCGUAAAUGCAGCAGCUUAUGUAGCUAGACCAC